CCACUUCCACUACCUUCCACCGGCCGGGGAGCCGCCGCCACUGCCGCUGAGGAGUCAGGAAGUUCAAAAUGGCCGCCGCGGAGACACAGUCGCUGCGGGAACAGCCAGAGAUGGAAGAUGCUGAUAAUUCUGAGAAGAGUGUAAAUGAAGAAAAUGGAGAAGUAUCAGAAGACCAAUCUCAAAAUAAGCACAGUCGCCACAAAAAAAAGAAGCAUAAACACAGAAGUAAACAUAAGAAACAUAAACAUUCCUCAGAAGAAGACAAGGAUAAAAAGCAUAAACAUAAGCAUAAACAUAAGAAACACAAAAGAAAAGAGGUUAUUGAUGCUUCUGACAAAGAAGGUAUGUCUCCAGCAAAAAGAACUAAACUCGAUGAUUUAGCUUUGCUAGAAGACUUGGAAAAACAGAGAGCCUUGAUUAAAGCUGAACUUGAUAAUGAGUUAAUGGAAGGAAAGGUCCAAUCCGGGAUGGGGCUAAUUUUACAAGGUUAUGAGUCUGGCUCUGAAGAAGAGGGGGAAAUACAUGAAAAGGCAAGAAAUGGAAAUAGGUCUAGUACUAGAUCUUCAAGUACAAAGGGGAAACUUGAACUUGUGGACAGUAAAAAUAGUACGAAAAAGCGAAGUAAAAGCAGAUCCAAAGAACGGACUAGACAUAGGUCGGAUAAAAAGAAAAGUAAGGGAGGUGUUGAAGUAGUAAAAGAAAAGACAACUAGGAGCAAGUCAAAGGAGAGGAAAAAGUCUAAAAGUCCAUCCAAGAGAAGUAAGUCCCAAGAUCAAGCAAGAAAAUCAAAAUCCCCUGCCCUUAGAAGGCGAUCUCAAGAGAAAGUCGGGAAAGCCAGAUCUCCUACUGAUGAUAAGGUUAAAAUUGAAGAUAAAAGUAAGUCAAAAGAUAGGAAAAAAUCUCCAAUUAUAAAUGAAAGUAGAAGUCGUGAUCGAAGUAAAAAAUCCAGAUCCCCAGUUGACUUAAGAGGUAAGUCCAAAGACAGAAGGUCACGGUCCAAAGAGAGAAAAUCAAAACGGUCUGAAAUUGAUAAAGAAAAGAAGCCAAUUAAGUCUCCCUCUAAAGAUGCUUCUUCUGGGAAAGAAAAUAGAUCACCCAGUAGAAGACCGGGUCGUAGUCCUAAAAGAAGAAGUUUGUCUCCAAAACAACGUGAUAAAUCAAGAAGAAGUAGAUCUCCACUUUUAAAUGAUAGAAGAUCUAAACAGAGCAAAUCACCUUCUCGGACUCUGUCUCCUGGUAGAAGAGCCAAGAGCCGAUCCUUAGAAAGAAAACGAAGAGAACCAGAGAGGAGGCGACUUUCUUCUCCAAGAACAAGAACUCGAGAUGAUAUCCUCAGUAGACGUGAAAGAUCAAAAGAUGCCAGCCCCAUCAGUAGGUGGUCUCCAAACCGAAGAAGAACAAGUAGAUCUCCCAUUAGAAGGAGGUCUCGUUCCCCACUUAGACGUAGCAGGUCUCCAAGAAGAAGAAGCAGGUCUCCUCGGAGAAGGGACAGAGGGCGGAGGAGCAGAUCACGCUUGAGAAGGCGGUCUCGGUCACGGGGUGGUCGUAGACGAAGGAGCAGGAGCAAAGUAAAGGAAGAUAAAUUUAAAGGAAGUCUUUCUGAAGGAAUGAAAGUUGAGCAAGAAUCUUCAUCAGAUGAUAACCUUGAAGACUUUGAUGUAGAGGAAGAAGAUGAAGAAGCCCUAAUAGAACAGAGAAGAAUACAAAGGCAAGCAAUUGUUCAGAAAUAUAAAUAUCUUGCUGAAGAUAGCAAUAUGUCCGUGCCAUCUGAACCAAGCAGCCCCCAGAGCAGUACUAGAACACGAUCGCCUUCUCCAGAUGACAUUCUGGAGCGGGUAGCUGCUGAUGUUAAAGAGUAUGAACGGGAAAAUGUCGAUACAUUUGAGGCCUCAGUAAAAGCCAAGCAUAAUCUAAUGACAGUUGAACAGAAUAAUGGGUCAUCGCAGAAGAAGCUUUUGGCACCUGAUAUGUUUACAGAAUCUGAUGAUAUGUUUGCUGCAUAUUUUGAUAGUGCUCGUCUUCGGGCUGCUGGCAUUGGAAAAGACUUUAAAGAGAAUCCCAACCUCAGAGAUAACUGGACUGAUGCAGAAGGCUAUUAUCGUGUGAACAUAGGUGAAGUCCUAGAUAAGCGUUACAAUGUGUAUGGCUACACUGGACAAGGUGUAUUCAGUAAUGUUGUACGAGCCAGAGAUAAUGCAAGAGCCAACCAAGAAGUGGCUGUAAAGAUCAUCAGAAACAAUGAGCUUAUGCAAAAGACUGGUUUAAAAGAACUAGAGUUCUUGAAAAAACUUAAUGAUGCUGAUCCUGAUGACAAAUUUCAUUGUCUGCGACUCUUCAGACACUUUUAUCACAAACAGCAUCUCUGUCUCGUAUUUGAGCCUCUCAGUAUGAAUUUACGAGAGGUAUUAAAAAAAUAUGGUAAGGAUGUUGGUCUUCAUAUUAAAGCUGUAAGGUCCUAUAGUCAGCAGUUGUUCCUGGCAUUAAAACUCCUUAAAAGAUGCAAUAUCCUACAUGCAGAUAUCAAGCCAGACAAUAUCCUGGUUAAUGAAUCAAAAACUAUUUUAAAGCUUUGCGAUUUUGGGUCGGCUUCACAUGUUGCGGACAAUGACAUAACGCCUUAUCUUGUCAGUAGAUUUUAUCGUGCUCCUGAAAUCAUUAUAGGUAAAAGCUAUGACUAUGGUAUAGAUAUGUGGUCUGUAGGUUGUACCUUAUAUGAACUCUAUACUGGAAAAAUUCUAUUUCCUGGCAAAACCAAUAACCAUAUGUUGAAGCUCGCCAUGGAUCUCAAAGGAAAGAUGCCAAAUAAGAUGAUUCGGAAAGGUGUAUUUAAAGACCAGCAUUUUGAUCAAAAUCUCAACUUUAUGUACAUAGAAGUUGAUAAAGUAACAGAGAGGGAGAAAGUUACUGUCAUGAGCACCAUUAAUCCAACUAAGGACCUAUUGGCUGAUUUGAUUGGGUGCCAGCGACUUCCUGAAGACCAACGUAAAAAAGUGCACCAGCUAAAGGACUUGUUGGACCAGAUCCUAAUGUUGGACCCAGCUAAAAGGAUUAGCAUCAACCAGGCCCUACAGCAUGCCUUCAUCCAGGAAAAAAUUUAAAUGAGAUGAAGAAACUCCCAAGGGUUUGAGUAAUUAAAUACAAAGACUGAAGAAAUUUCACAGCAGUUUAUUAAUGUAUAUAAACUUAUAAAUAUUUCUCCAGCAAAUUUGAGGAAGCAUGAUAUAUUUGAAUUAACACCAAGGGUGAUAUUUCUUUUAGAAAUGUUAGUUAUUCUGUUUUGUGUCUUAUGUGAAAUUUCACUGUAGAACUGUUUAAAUUGCCAAGACUGCACAAAAUUACAAUGCUAAUGUAUAUGGUUGCAGUUCACAUAAAAGACAAAAGCACCUGUUAUAAAAUGAUAGUAAUACUGGGUGGUUGAUUUGUUUUUUAGCAGACUUGGCUUCAUUUUGGUCUUCAGAUAAAAUGGCCAGCAUAAAUGCUGUUUAUAUUCACGUUUUCCUAGGUGUGUGUGUGCAGGCCACAGCAGCAUGCCCUUGGUGUAGUCAGUGCCGAAAGGGGUCUGUUCCUUCUUGAGCCUGCCUGCAGGGAUGGUCUCCUCUUUUAAAGCAGGUUGUGUACAACAUUCAGUACACUGAAGGUAAGCUAAACCAUCAACAUCACUGGUGUUUUAAGAUGUUAUUUUAUUGGAACAAUUGACAAAUAAGGGAUAUUAGCGUUGUGGCAGAAUUCCCUGCAUGUGUGAUAACUUAUCUUGUUUUAUUUUCUGGCAUUGCAACUGUGGCAUAGUUACAAUUUCUGUUCUGUUAAUCAUAUUUAAAAUUUGAAGAGUAUGCGCUUGAUGGAUAGAGCGCCUUCAGUGUACUGUUUCUUAUUAACUUUACUUUUUUAAAAUCAACUUGCUAUAGACUUUAUAUACAUUUUGUUAAAUACAGUUCCUAGUGACAUAGAAACAAUGAGUAGUUUUCAUUUACUAAUUAAAAAUGUUGAGGCCUAAUUCUGAAAGUCCUCAUAUUUAAAGAUUAGACAGACAACAUAAUGAAAUUUUUAACUAUUUGUAUGUCAUUUUGAAAGUGUACUGCUUUAUGGUAAAAGUGUUUUUCAUUUGUUCAUUGUUUUCAUUAUUUGUGAUCAUGUUGUCUUUCAAUACAGGCAUAAACCUUCCACUCUUGAACAAAGCUGCUGCUUUUUAAAAGCGGUAAUUGCUUCUUUACCUUUUAUUUCUUUUGUAAAUGAAGCUUUUCUUUAAGGAUGUGACUUUAAAGUGUUGUCUAUUGCAUAAAACAGUUGACACUCACUUAUUGUAAAGUGAAGAUUGUUCUACUGCAUGUGAAGUGGACCAUGCAGAUUUCUGUAUGUUCUCAGUAUGCAUCACUAGAUAAUAAAGUCUUUUGUGAACAAGGCAUUUGUAGCCAUUUUUAAAAGCUUUUGUCUUCAGUGCUGGUAAGUCAGGUAAAACCAUUAAUAGUUAAAAGCAACCUUUCGUUUUUUUCCUGAAAGUCUUUAAUUGAAAGCAUUGUUUGUUAAAGAUGUAAACUUAGCCAAAAGUUUAUCAUUUUAUUAAUAAUUAGGAUCCUAAUUAUAUCAUCAAAAAAAUCCUACAAAUGUAGUCAGCUUUCAGUGUAGUGAGAUUAUUCCUGUAGGUUACAGGAUAUAAUUCAGGAUUUAACUAAUGUUUCUGCUAUUUUCUCACUUUUCCUUUUGAUGGUGCGGAAAGAGAAAAAGGAAAACGGGGCACAGGCCAUUCAACGCCUUCUCCAAGGGGUCUGAUUUGCUGAGACACCAGCUUCACCUUCUUAACAAGGCACCUAAUUACAACAAGCAUGCACAUUUUGGUGCAUUCAAGAAUGGAAAAUCAGAAUAGCAGCAUUCUUCUGGUGCAGUUCAGUGGAAGAUGAUGACAGCCAGAAGACAUGAGCUAAGGGUAAGGGACUGUUCUUCUGAAGAAACUUUCCAUUUAGUGAUCAAGAUAUGGAAGCCGAUGUCUGAAAAUGCUCAAUGUGUAUCCUAAUUGUUCGUGGUAUCAUUUGAAUUGUAACUUGCAUUUUAGCAACACAUUCCCAGUCAACUUAUUGGGAAAUCUAAUAAAAUAUGCCUCUUAUCAACA